GUUGUAGUUGUUGGUGUUUUAAGGUUUGUUAAGCUGCAGCGAUGUCUGGACGCGGUAAGGGAGGGAAGGGUUUGGGCAAAGGAGGCGCCAAGCGGCACCGGAAGGUCCUUCGCGACAACAUCCAGGGGAUCACCAAGCCUGCCAUCCGCCGCUUGGCUCGCCGCGGGGGAGUGAAGCGUAUCUCGGGGCUGAUCUACGAAGAGACCCGCGGCGUCCUGAAGGUCUUCCUGGAGAACGUGAUCCGCGAUGCUGUGACUUACACGGAGCACGCCAAGAGGAAGACCGUCACCGCCAUGGACGUCGUCUACGCCUUGAAGCGCCAGGGCCGCACUCUCUACGGUUUCGGCGGCUAAGAACAGUGCUUUUUCCUACUAAUUAAAGAAAACCCAAAGGCCCUUUUCAGGGCCACCUACGUUUUCUUAGAAAGAGCUGUUUUCUCUUUGGAUGCCAUAUUGGUCAAAAAUACUAGACCAACUUUGAGACUAAUGAGCCUCAGAGGAUGGCGAUAGCAAACCCCCCUCUGAAGAAACUUGGCAAGAAAAUCCCAUGACAAGGUUGCCUUUAGGGCCGCCAGAAGUAAUGGCAGAGCUGAAAGGCAUAGACCCAAAACAUACUGCAGAAAUAAUCCAGUUUGGGACCGUUUUUACUGCCCUGGCUCAAUGCUAGGGAAUCCUGGGAACUAGUUCUGGGCCACAAUAAACUACCAUUCCUAGAAUUAAAGCGGUCUCAAACUGGAUUAUUUCUGCAGUGUGUUUCGGACCCUAGCUGUCUUAGUCUGGAGGAGCCAAUGUGCGAAGGGACCUUGUUGCAGCUCAUUUGCGACUGAAACUGGAAUAAUUACAGUGUGCUCACUCGUUACUCGUAUUCCUAACGAGUUAUUCUUUAUGUUGCACAAAGCAUAGCAAUACCUUCCCUAUUGUUUCGAUAGAUAUUCAUUUCUUAAUUUCCUAGCUGGUAUUGCCCUUGAUUCAUAGGAAUGGGGCAAAGAUGGCGCAGGGCCAUGAUGGCCGGAGAACAAAGGAAGCCUCGGAGAAGGAGGGAAAGGUGUGGUUUUCUAGUUACGCGCCACAAAAAAGGGCUGGAAAGCGCGGGAAAAUUCAAAAUACUCUUUCAAUGUAAAAACAGGGUGGCUUGCAAUGAAGGCGAGCUGCCGCGAGGUGGCAGCAGAGAACAAAAGGUGAUCCUGAAACCUUUAUGGGGCCAACCAAAAUGCACAAAACAGGCAGCUCUUGGGAUUGUGGUUUAUUGUGGCACCAGAACUCUGACAGAAAAGCGUAAAU